AUGCCGAGCAACCUGACCCGAACAUCAGACGACGUAUGGAGCACUGCACUGCAGCUUAGCGUCCUGGAGGGUUUCAUCCGGCUCCGGUCCAGUUCCGCAGCUAACGAAAAACCAGGUUAUUGCCCAGUCAUAUCUUCCGACCCUGGCGGAUUUCAGAUCCUCGAGAUUUGCGCUGACCUCUCUACGCGCAACUUUGAGUGCUUGGGUGAGGUGAUCGACUCCACAGCAGGUGGUGUGUUAAGUGACCGGACAGGGAAAGCCAGGAUACUGCACUGCAUUGUGAACGUCAGGCUGCGCCGUAUUUCUGCCGCUAGGUCAUUACUCGAGAUGCGGCACGGCUCGUCCUCUUGUCUGGGUACCUUGGGUAUGCCGGUGCCUGGCGAGAACCAGUACGGUGUAAUGCUACACUCGCUGCCCAGAAUCCUGAUGUCGGAUUUUCCGCUCGGGAAGUACGAGACAAUGGCGUCAGCGCUAUCAGGUAGCGCUGUUUCGCACAAGAAACUUGGGCGAGAGGAAUGGUGCCAAUGGUGCUCACGUGUCAGGUCUCCGGGACGGCUUUUGCAGAAGAGCACCUUGUGGCUCCUGGAUGUCUCCUUGCAAGUGUCGCUCUAUGAUGUGGGCGCAGCUGGCAGGCAGCGGCGACUCCAGAACACAGAUCCGGGGCGGGAAACGGAGCCUAGAGAGUACUGCAGCUGGAAGCUCUACACCAGUGCUAAGGCGAGGCGGCGUGGUGUUCCAGAAUCCCCAGGCAUCCGUUUUCCCACUUUCUCCGGCCAAUCCCCCAGCCCAGGCGCAUGCGUUUUUUGGGGUCGUCGGGCGCUUCCUUCUGAAAUGCGUCUUUCCGAUCGGUGAUGGACGCUUGAGUCCCUGUCUGCUCCAAAGAAGUGAAGCAUAAACCAACGCUCGCUUCAGAACGUAUGCUCGGCUGACUGUGGCCUGAAGUGCUGGAAGACCCUCCUUCCUGUCAUCAAGGAUUUCCCAACCCUUACCGUCCUGCAGGACAAUGACAGUGUCGCAAUGUCGGUGCAUCACGGAACCAGGAGGCCGCCCCAGUCCAUUGUUCGAACUGAACUUGGUAAUGGCAAUAACGCGCUCUGGCAGGGACGUGAAGGGCCAAAUUAGGGCAGUUUCCAUCACAUCGGAUCACAAGGCUUCCGGAUCGCCAUUCUCCAAGGAAGAAGGUAGUGGGUGCCGCUCGCGAACAACUGUCUGUUGUUGCUCUGUGGUACUCGAAAG